CAUUUGCCCGGCACAUCGGGCCCGAAGGUCAACUUGCAGGCAAGUCUGUGUUGUGAGUGGCUCAACGAACUUUUCGUGCAUGGCGUGGCUUGGCUUGGGGAUCAUCGAACUUUCCUUAAUAUUUAUGUGCCAGUUUUGUGUGAUGUGGACAUGAUGUACAAAAACUUCUUGAAACGAUUUAUAAACGAAUACAAGUCGCACGAGUGCAUUUGGAAAGUGAAAUCGAAUGAUUACACCAAUAAACAGAAAAAGGAGGAGGCUUAUAAGGGUCUACAAACUAUUUUAAAAGAAACCAACCCCUCGGCUACUGUGGACGAUGUCAAAAGGAAAAUUAAUUCGUUGAGGAGUUGUUUCAGAAAGGAAUUUAGGCGGGUGGCUCAAUCAAAAUCAAAAGCUUCAGAAACGGACACUAUUUAUAAACCUAGUUUGUGGUACUACGACCUAUUGCUGUUUUUGAAAGACCAAGAAGUUCCGCAAGCCAUCAUCAUCAAUGAUGAUGAGGAUAACAUUUUAGACUUUAAUGAGACUGAAAUCAAACACGAAUCUGAGGACGAGGAUCAGUUAUCAGAACCAUCUGUAAGAAGUUCUCCAGUUCCAAAAGUUCAAGUGGCUCCAGCAAAACGAAAAUUAAGAAAAGAAUCUGAAAAAUUGCUGCGUGUUGUAUGUGAAAGGUUGCAAAAUGAAGACGAAGACGACAUCGUGGGAAAGUGUGUUGCUAAUAAACUUCGAAAACUGGACCCUACAAUGAAAGUUUACGCUGAAAAGUUAAUUACUGAUGUACUUUAUCAUGCGCAAUUAGGCAUGUUGAAUCAUGAAUGUUUCUUAACCAACCCACAAUUUAAAUAAAAUUCCAAAAAGGCUUAACCAAAGACUAUAUAUUUAUUUAUAAUAGUUUAACUAUAAGUAUUAUUUGAUUUGUUAAAAAGUAUUUAAGAUUUUGUUCUGAUAAUUCUUUAUUUAUUAAAAAUAAUUAUUUUUUUAAAA